UCCUCGUAUCGCGGCGGUGGCGGGCAGGGUCCGGCCGCGGCCCCGCAGCUUCUCGCCGAGGCGGCGCGGCCUCCGCUCCCUCCUGCCUUGCCUCGGUCGGUGCCCAGCCCCGGCGCGAUGUCGGGCGGCGCGGCCAGCGCCCCUAAGCCCCUCCCGUCCUCCGGGCCCAAGUCGCUGCGGGAGAUGCCGCAUCCUCUGGCCACGUCCAGCAGCGAGGAGAUGGGGCCGGCGCUCACCCCCAGCCCCGACCUGCUGCUGCCCCGCAGCAUCGCCGACAAGGAUCUCAGCCUGCCCAAUGGCACACCAGUGGACACUUCUAGCCCGGCCUCCUCCUCAUCUCUCCUCAACAGACUGCAGCUGGAUGAUGACUUGGAUGUGGAAACUAGAGACCUCUUUGUUACAGUUGAUGAUCCCAAAAAACAUGUGUGCACAAUGGAGACAUAUAUUACGUACAGGGUUACAACAAAGACCACACGAGCAGAGUUUGAUUUGCCAGAGUAUUCUGUUCGUCGGCGGUACCAAGACUUCGACUGGUUGAGAAACAAGCUGGAAGAGUCUCAGCCAACGCAUCUUAUUCCCCCUCUUCCUGAAAAAUUUGUGGUGAAGGGUGUUGUUGAUCGCUUUUCGGAAGAGUUCGUGGAGACAAGGAGGAAAGCAUUAGACAAAUUCUUGAAGAGGAUAACUGAUCACCCAGUGCUGUCUUUUAACGAGCACUUCAAUGUCUUUCUCACAGCUAAGGAUCUUAAUGCCUACAAAAAGCAAGGGAUGGCUUUACUGUCAAAGAUGGGGGAGUCUGUCAAAUACGUUACAGGAGGCUACAAGUUAAGAAGUCGGCCACUGGAGUUUGCAGCCAUUGGGGAUUAUCUGGACACAUUCUCUCUAAAGCUUGGUACCAUUGAUAGAAUAGCACAACGGAUCAUCAAAGAACAGUUGGAAUACUUGGUGGAACUACGAGAAUAUGGACCUGUUUAUUCAACCUGGGGAGGGCUGGAGGUUGAGCUGUCAGAGCCACUGGAAGGAGUGUCUGCCUGUAUUGGGAAUUGCUGCACAGCUCUUGAAGAACUCAGUGAGGACAUGACAGAAGACUUCCUACCUGUGCUUAGGGAAUAUAUAUUGUAUGCUGAGUCCAUGAAGAAUGUUUUGAAGAAGAGGGACCAAGUCCAAGCGGAGUAUGAAGCAAAACUGGAAGCAGUAGCCUUGAAAAGAGAAGACCGUCCAAAGGUACCCGCAGAUGUUGAGAAAUGUCAAGACCGAGUAGAAUGUUUCAAUGCUGACCUGAAAGCAGAUAUGGAGAGAUGGCAGAACAACAAAAGACAAGACUUUAGGCAGCUACUCAUGGGGAUGGCAGAUAAAAACAUCCAGUACUACGAGAAGUGCCUUACGGCGUGGGAGUCAAUUAUACCACUAUUGCAAGACAAGCCAGAGACCAAAUAAGAAGUACCUUCAUGGACAGUCUAGCACUUCUGUGCUCAGUACCACUAGUCAUACUGGAACUGUAUGGAGGACUCUUUUUGUUAAGUUAACUGAAAUGACAGCUGCACUUAGUUUUUCAGAGUAUCUGUUCCAGCCUAUUCAAAUUUUUUUUUCUUCAAUUUUUGUGUUUAAACUGGGGUAUGUUUCAUCUUUUUGAGUUAUCUUGAAUGGUUCCUUCUUUAUUCUAUGGAGUGAUUGGGGUUCAUGGAGAAAGUGCAUGGGGAUCUUGAUAAAAUUUACCUCUCUAGUCUGGAAGGAACUGAUGAGUGGAACACUAAAAAGAUGAAAAUAAAACUCUACUGCAAGGUGCCAAAUGACAUCUUUAUUACCAUUCUGUUUUGUUUGCUUAAAAAAAAAUUAUUUCUAUGAUACAGUACUCCCUAACCAAUCUUUUUUUUUUUUUUUUUGAAUGGACAAGGAAAGGCUGGGAAAGAAUAUUUUCUGUUUUGCUACCACCAGUGUGCUCCCUCUGGAUGAAAUGGUCUCUGUAGACUUUUCUGUCUGGGAGUCAGGCUAUUUCUAGACAGACCAUACCAACACCAGCUGCAGACAGCUGGUGUUGGAAGCAUGAACUGUGGUUUUUGUGAGUGUGGCAUGCUGUUGGUUCAUACUGAGUAUCUUUGUUUACCUUGGUGAUUAUGAAGUAAUGUCAGUUGGCUGAAGUGUACUUGUGACUGACUUGGGGAUCAAAACCAGCCUAGCUGCGGGAAUGAGUUGGACUGAGCCUUUCACGGGUUGUGGGAAUGGGGGAGGAAGUAUGAGUCUUUAAUUUUCCAAAGCUAGCUCUGGAAGUUGCGUGGUGGAGAUCUCUUACACCCUGCUUUGUAUAUGAGUUUCACUAGAGCCACUUUAGGCUUGGUCACCUAAGAUGCCUGCUGUAGUAAAAGUAGAACUCAUUUCUUUCCCCAUGCUUUCUUUGCAGCAGCCAAAAGCCAAAAGGUGUCAAAUGCUUCCUUUCCACCAAGCAUCAGUGUGUGUGAAACUUGCCUUAGAUGGGUUGGUGGGGGAUAGAUGGGUACCCUGUUAGGUGCACAGUGUUCAUGUCUCUGCUGAACCACAUGGCAAGUCUUUUAGGACCACUUUUGUUACAGAUCUCUUUUCUUAGUAGUUUCUGUUGGCCUUCAGAAUUGCAGCUGCUUCUGCAAGUCCUUUUUUGUCCUUGCUCUUGCAGUCCAACCUCAAGUAAAUGCCUGCUUGGUGUUAAUGGCCUUAGGAAUACUGAUGUGAUUUAACCAUUCUAGUGAGGGGGGCUGGGACUCAUAUGAGUGUAAUACUGGGAUUUAGGGCAAUAAAUAACUCUGUGCUUACUGCUAAAUUGGAGUGAUUACUUGUUCUCUGGCAAUGUUCUUGCAAAGAAUGUGAGCAGUGAUAAAUUUUGUGCAAGUUCUCUGUUCUCUUGUAACAACCCAUCAGGUACUAGUCUGAUUUGGAAUUUAUUUCUUCAUUAACACCAACUGAACAUGCAGCUCAUGGUGCUCUCUGCAUGAAAAAGUAAAAUAUUAGACAUUUUAAGAAUUUUUUCUUUUUGGCUCAGCCUUCAUUGACAACUCUAUGGUACUAAACAAACUGUGUUUCUUGUUUUAAGAUCAGUUUGUCAAUAUGCACUUUUUGGUGUAAAUGAGAACUCUGGUUUAAGUUACUGUUAGGUUCAGAAUCACAGACUCCUCUUGUUCAGAGGAAGUACUUAAGGGGAUCAUCUUGAAGCAAUCUAGAAUAAGCACUUGCAUACUAUCCAACAGUCUGUCCUUCAGGAUUACAGUCUUCCCCAUUUUCCACAAAGAAAGAUCAACAUGCUUUUUGAAUUAGUUCAAAAAGAACGUGGAAAAAAUGGAAUUUUGUAGUUGACUCUACAACAUCACUGGAACUCGAGCAAAAUAUAUUUUUAACUAAUAUUUAGUCAGUCUUCCCACCACCUUAUUAAAAUAAACAGCACAACAUGAGUAGAAAGAAUGGUGAUUUUUUUCCUACAGGUGGUUUCAUCUGAUGCCUUACAACACUAAGGGACUCCUCCUGCUUUGCUUUAUGUCAAACUGAAGCAGGUGUUGCUUCUGGGGAGUUCAGCAAUUAGCAUCACAGCUGUUCAAGAGAAGCAUAAUGGACAGUGGAGAGUACCAAGUGAAGUUCAAAUCAGCAUGUAACUGUUGAGGCUGGAGCUGCUGAAGAUCGAGCUGUCUUAUGUGAUCUGGACCAAAACCUCUUAAGCUCCUACAUGGGAGGUAAAACUUGACAUUCAAAGGAGAAGUCCUCUGCAAGAAUUGCUGCAGUGUAAUAAGGGUGUGCAUAGGUGGAUCUCAGUUCCUACGGACUGUGGUCUGUUCUUAAGAAGAGCUGUUGUAAAUCACAAAGUGACUGAGGGAGAGGCUGUGGGUGAGAUGUAGGGAGGAUCCUGACUGUGAUGUUUGGGACAACCAUGCCAGUCAGGAAAACUACAAUAUUUGCAGGAAAUUCCUGUAAAAUGUGCAGAGUGACAUUGUAUCACAUAACUGCUGUUAGAAGGAGGUUGAGUUCUGAACCUCUUAACAUGUUAUCCUGUAGUCUCUAUAGAAUGGAAGUCUGUACUUUCGAUGGUCCACACUUCUCUGAGAGAAACAGAAGAUGUUGGUAAAUGGAAGCAGGAGUAGUGCAGGAGCUUCACCUUUGAAUAACUUGUUGAGUGUUAAGUAACUGAAGAUGACUCUCUGCACAUGCACCAAAAUGACACCAAAAGUACUUGGUGCCCUUUUUAUGAACCUGUUUAAAAUGAGGUUCUUUCAGCAGUCUUAAAUCAGCACAGUUUUCCCCAUAAUCCUUAGCCAGGGCAAGGCCCUCUCAGUGGAUGCAUAAUUCACAGCUGCCCAGUUAUUUCUGUAUAGUUUCUGUGGUGUUUGUUUCUUCUCUUAAGUGGCACCAGCACAAUAAAGGAGGUACUGGGCUCUUGUUUCUAUGCUCAGUAAUGAACCAUGCAUUGUUCAUGUAUGCCUUUAUCAGGAUCUAAAUCUUGCAAUAAACAUAGAUGUUAGAAUAUCAUGGCUUUUUCAGGUAUACAUUGGAAAAUGAAAAAGUAGUAUGUGUAGCCCUAAAGACACAAACAGUUUUGGUGCGAGUUACAUUAAAGAAUGAAGUAGGAUUCUUCACUGAAAUCUACGUGGAUUUUUGCUGCACUAAAACUUGUGCUGAGGAUAAAGUAGUGGAAUAACUGAUAGAAACAGUUAUUCCAGUGAUACAUGUUAUAACUGAUAGAAACAGGAGUGGCAGAGACAGUUCUGUGGAGGCACUGUGCAGUAGCCGUGAAGCAGUGGCACUGCAUGGCCUGUUCAUGACACGCUUCUUCAGGUGUCAGUCCUGCAGCUGCAAGGGUACAAAAGAAUUCUUUCCCAGAUAGCAGGGACUGUUCAUUAUUUUAACAGGAGCCAUGCUUUUGUUAAAACUUGCACUAUUUAACUGGAUGUCGUUACAAUUAUUGUUGCAGACUGUUGAAAAUCCUUGUCCUGGUUACCACUGGACAAAAUUGUAUAGACUAAAUUAGCUCAUUAGAUGUUCUGUCAUCUUAAAUUCUGAAGGUGGAACAUUCUUCCUUGGGUAUAUUAACUUUUACUACAACAACACAUAGGGAAAAUCUGGACUUUUUUUAAAGACAGGCAAGUUGCUACUACUCGUUGGAUUCUUUUUCCUCUUGUGAAGUAAAACUGGGGAUCACAAGAAUAAACUUGCCUUCUGGCAGAUUGAAUGUGGCAUUUAAAACUUUUUGGGAGUGCUGUUGAGCCAAUUUACAAACUAAAAUGGCAGUGCUUAUUUCUGUGCUUAGCACUUGAAAGUCUUGCUGAAGUAUCUGACUUGUACUUAGUAAUGGACUGGACAAGUUUUAAGGUUGCAUGCCUAAAACACAGUAAAUUUGCAGAAAAUAAUGAGCUUUCCAAAGAGGUAUAAGUAGAUCACCCUUAGGUAAAUGGUAUGCUAAGACAAGGUUAGUCACUGUCCUAGACUGCUUUGAAGGUGUUGGUAUUCUGUGCUUUGAAGUGAAGCCAUUUCCUUAACCCUGGUGCUGGGAUGUGUAUCCAUACCUUCACAUCAAGCUGCAGUGUUGUGGCCAGUGCAGCAUUCUCACUGCACAAGGAGACGGGUUGCUGAGGGCCAGUCUUACAAUAAGAGCCAAAGGGCUUUUGUCUACAGUUCACAAAAAUAAAGAAGCACCGUCCUUGUUCUCACUUUUCUGUGCCUGUAUCCCUCUGUCCCUCCCUAAGGUCUGGAGAGUUGUGCCAUGCAGAAGACAAGCUGACUGUGAGCUUCACAUACUGUGUUGAAGGUGUCAGUGAUGGGGACCAAAUGGUGCUGGUUCCUUGUCCAGACUCUUCUGCUUUCACUCUAUAAACCCACUCACCAGAACUAGAGUCACUGUUCAUACCAUUAAAAUACAAAAUGAAAGCUGUGAAAAUACUUGUCUCUGUGUGAAUUAGCUAGUAAACAAUGUAAAAAUGGGAAGGAGGCUUUUGUUUCCUGUACUUGGUCAAAUCUGGCAACUAUGCUCUUGUUCAGACUCACAGGCUAGGAAAUAUUGUCUUGCCUUCUGGUGCUGGCAUGUUUCUAUACCCUUUCAUAUGUCUCUUUAAAUAUACUUUAUGCAUUGUUUACUAUGGAGCUAGUAUUGAUGGAGAAAAAUGCUUUGAGGUAAAACUGUUUGUAAUUCUCUAUUACUGUGUACAUUUUUUUUUUUAAAUGGACCAUUUGUUUACCUCAAUUAAUUUAAUGGAAUGGAUCAAUAAAUGUAUUAAAAAAUUACUCCUUAGA